AUGGCCUCGCAAGGGACGGGGUACGACCUUUCGGCGAGCACCUACUCGCCUGAUGGGCGCAUCUUUCAGAUCGAAUACGCGACCAAGGCUGUAGAGAAUGCAGGGACCGCGAUCGCGGUGCGGACCAAGGACGGUGUCGUGUUUGGCGUCGAGAGCCUGGUGCCGUCGAAGCUGCUCGUGCCCGGCGCGAACAAGCGCAUCUUUACGGUGGCGGACCACGUUGGCCUGACCUCGGCGGGCCUCACGGCCGACGGCAAGCACCUCGCGGGGCGUGCGCGCGACGAGGCGAACAACUUCCAGGACAAUUACAAGCAGUCCGUGCCGGUCAAGACGCUUGCGGAGCGCACCGCGCUGUACGUGCAGGCGUUUACGCUCUACUCGUCUGUGCGUCCGUUUGGCAUUUCGUCGAUUGUCGGCGGCGUGGACGAGACGCGCGGGCCCCAACUCUAUGUCAUCGAACCGUCGGGCGUCUUUUGGGGCUACCACGGCUGCGCGAUCGGCAAGGGCAAGCAGUUUGCCAAGACCGAGGUCGAAAAGCUCUCGCUUGAGACGCUCACGAUGAAGGAGGCGGUCGACGAGGUGGCGCGCAUCAUCUACAAGGCCCACGACGACGCAAAAGACAAGGAGUUUGAGCUCGAACUCUCGUGGGUCGGUGCCGAGACCAACAACGUGCACCAGCCGGUCCCGGCAGAGCUGCGCCAGGAGGCCGUGCGCAAGGCGCAGCAGGCGCUCGAGGAGGAGAUGGAGGAUUAG